CAGCACUUAAAAGCACCGCCUGACACACUCAGGACAGCCUGACGGAGGAUCCACUGAAGGAAUCCAGAAGUUGCCAGUGCAAAGUUCGCAUACCGUAAAGAAGGAGGAGUAGCGCGGUCAAUUUUUUUCAAAACAAGGAGGGUUAACUGCCGCAGAAUAUCGAGCUCGGUGCCACUGGGGGAGCCUCCAAACAGGACAGCAGCAAAAUGGAAGACAUGACUGUGGAACAGAUGACCAUGAGGGCCAACCAAGUGACUGACGAGUCACUGGAAAGCACAAGGAGGAUGCUGCAGAUGGCAGAGGAGAGCAAACAGACCGGCGUCAACACCAUGGUGAUGUUGGACGAGCAAGGAGAGCAGCUGAGGCGUGUGGACCAGGGCUUGGACCAGAUUAACCAGGAUAUGAGACAGGCUGAGAAAAACCUGACUGACCUCUCAAAGUGUUGUGGCCUCUGUGUCUGCCCCUGUGACAGGGUUUCGUCAAUUGAACACGACUCACGAUACAAGCGUACCUGGGGUAUUGGAGGCGGCGGUGGCGAAGAUGACUCCAACGGCUCAAAAGUAGUCUCAAGGCAGCCAUCAGGUGUUCGCAAUGGCCAGACUGCCCAGGUGAACGCCCCGGAACCAUCAGGCCCAUACAUCAAGAGGAUAACCAAUGACGCACGCGAGGAUGAGAUGGAGGACAAUCUGAAUGCAGUGGGCGGCAUCAUUGGCAACUUAAAAUCUUUGGCUAUUGACAUGGGUGAAGAGAUAGACAAGCAGAACAAACAGAUUGACGGCAUCACUUCCAAGGCGGAAAUGAACAAAGUUCGUAUUGAUGAAGCAAACCAGAGAGCCAACAAGCUCAUCAAAUAAACAAGAAACCCUGCUUCUGCCAGUCUUAUCCAUCAACCCUGAGCCUCUGUCGCCACACCCAUACACACACUGCAUACUUGCACACAUGCACGAACACACUCUUUGACAUAAAUAAAAAACAAAGAAAUUCUGUCGGAGAGGAAAGUGAAAAGGAAAGAGGAAGUGACUGACUGCCUAUCGCUGCUGUUUGAUACCAAAUGUGCAACAGACCUGUUGUACCAUAUCUCAACAUUGACAGUAAGGGAAGUAGCACCGCUGCUUUUCUUUUUGUUGCCUUUCUGUUAAACUCAGAAACUAUGAACUGUCUGUCUUUGUCUGUGUGCAGAUCUGGUUUGUAUGGAUGAGGUCACAGAUCCAAGCUCUUGCGUUUUUUUUUUUUUUUUUUUUAGAUAUUUACAAAGCGUUAAUUUAUGCAUCACCCCCUGUUGGUCCUGCCUUGAGACAGCUACAUCUAGUUGAAUCCUAAAACAUUGACUUCCGUCUGAAACAAAUGUAUCUUCCUCAAAUGCUUAUUGGUUCAAUGUGUACUUAAGGUUAUUGAAUUGUGUAUUAUUUUGAGAUACUAUGCUUAUUUAAUUUUAUCAAGCACAAAUGACUUGUGAAUAAAGUUGUUUUGUGUUUUUUUUUUUUUUUAAAACACGUACUCAUGUUUCAGACGUAAGUUAUUUCUAAUGUUGUGCUUUGGAGUGAAUCUUGGCAAAUCCUUUCAUGCUGGAAUACAAAGCACCUACCCCUGAAUGAUAGCAAUUAAAUUUUUUUUUUUUUUUUUUUUUUAAUUUUCAUACUGAUGAGAAAUCAUGGUCGUUAACUAUUAGCAAGAAAAUUGUGAGGCGCUGACCUGGCGUUAGAAAUUUAAUAUAUAGCAAUCACUUGUCCUUCAAAUGUGAAGGAGGGUCAAUAAGCAUCAUGAGGAAUGUUCAUCGUUACCUCCUCAAAGCAUCUAGUUGAGUUUAUAAUAACACUGAAAAUGGGAAACAAGAGUGGUUGAAUAACAGAUUUGUCAUCAGUGGAUCAACUGCUGUACUUUGUAUGUUUCUCUUGAGGUUUUUUCACUCUGACCACUGUGUUGAUGUAAAUACUGAAACAUACUGUAGCUGUAGUCAUUCUGUUUAUCUUAUUCCAUUCUGCCUUCUUCGUGACCUCCUGGUUAAUAGAGAUUUAUAGCACCCAAGAGGAGAUUUAACAGCCUAUGCAGGGUUCCUACACCGGUCUGGUAAUGUGUGGAAAAUGUGUUUCCCUAAGUUUGAUAAUUGCACAGUCUGUAAAAGUAUGAAAACAAAUGUUCAGUCCUGACACACGCGGCUGUACAUUGUUUAUUUCACAUCCUUUCUCAUAUUAGCUCUUUAUAUCAUUGUCCUUAUGGCAUAUACAGCGGUUUUGUCAUAAUCAACAGGGGAAUCUAGAAAAGAGAGACUGUGCAGGAACUCUGUCAGUUCCUUUAUUGAUGGUCCAUGGUUGUGUUGUAACAGCCACUGUAUCAUUAACGGCUCCUCUUGAUCUGUUCUAUAAAUAGCCAGUUUUUACAGCAAAGCUAUAGUAAAAUGAUAAUAUCUGUUGAUGGAAAGCAUAAUUAUUUUUUUCAAAGCCGGAGCCAGGCUGAGAAAUUACUGCUGGCAGCAACAUGCUAAAGUAUACAUGUAAAUUGAGUGAUGUUUAAAGGGUAAAUGUAGAAGCAGAAUAAGUCCCGGCAGGGUAUAAGGUCUCACUGUGGCAUAUUGGCUAAUGAUAAAGUAAUUCAGUAUGCUGAAAGUAUCUCUUAUAUGCAUCUUUAGGCAAUUUUUUUGAUUAUUUGUAUGCUCUGCUGCAGGCCUAUUGAGUUUGUAAAGAUUGAAAUGAACUGUUAUUCAGGGCUUUGUAUUGCUAUAAGUGAUCAUCCUCAGCCAGUUACUUGUCAGCUAAGAUCUAAUUAGUCUAGCCUAAGGCUGCCCCGCUGUCUUGAGGCUGUUUAUUCAUUGUUGUAACAACAGCCAGUGGAAUGUAAAUCCAACCGUUUUGUCUAUUUUGAAUAUGUUCAUAUACAGCUUGUCUUAUCUGAAAUUAGCUCGGUUAACGGAUGACUGUUCAGCAAAGUAAAAAUGCCUUUUGUUUCAUGCCUGCCUCUGUUAAAUUGUUUGUACUCAAUAAAACUAUUUUGAAAUUCA